CUUGAGCGCUGUAGUACUGCAGCAGAACUCAUGCAUAUGUGUGACAAAACUGCCGAACAUCAUGGCUUCCGCUUGACAGUUUCCUUACAAAUUUCUCGUAUAGAGGUUUACAAUUUAGAUUUGCUGUAUAUUUUCUAUCCUAAAAAAUGUUGAGGCCCGAAAUACUGACACUUGGAUUAAUUGUUAUAAGUGCUGUACUAGUGACAAAUGCAUACGGAUACCGUUGUCCCGGACCAGAAUGGACACCCCGCCGAAACAGCACUUUCUGUUACUUAUUUGUGCAUCGAAGCGAAAACGGCCGGGAAAGGCGAACUUUUAGCGAAGCACAGUCAGACUGCAUGGUCCAAGGUGGACAGCUGGUCGAUGUCCAAAAUGCUCCCGAGCGGGAAUUUCUGGAAUUGAAUAUGCGGUCCCGAGACUUUUAUGAUCACCGUUACUGGAUUGGUCUAUCGUUCGAGACCGGUGUGUGGAAAUGGACCGGUGUAGACCGCGUGUUCUCACUGGGAGAUCUUGGAGAUUUUAAUCCGGCACUGGAUUUCUCGUUCCAAACUUCUAUGGAAUCUAGCAAACUUAAAGCACGGGUGUACAUGGAAGCCGACUCGUCUCAAGCUAAAUGGGUUCCCAAAGUGGCUAUGACCUUUCCGGAUGCUCAAAGUGAUAUGAAUUACAUCUGCAAAGCCAAAUAUUCUAGUCGACCACUGUGCAAAACAGAAGAUGGAUGGGCGUACUUCAAUGGCCGCUGCUUGAAAAUGUAUACAACGUCCGAUACAUCAGCCAUGUUGACCACGUGGAACGAAGCGGCAAGAAUAUGCCUUGCUGAAGGAUCUCAUAUUGCCGUGCCGAGUGAUCCCAGCGAAACAGAUUACCUAACGAAUCUUUUGGUGAAAUUCAAUGUCAAAGAGAUGUGGAUUGGUUUAACGGUCACCAAACCACAAACCGGGUUUAAUGCUCAGCUGGUUGCGUGGGAAGACGACACUUCGGUUAUAAGGCCGGGAGAUACUGAUCCGUGGAUUGCUAUCGGAAGUUCCAAUAUUACCGUUAUAUUGAAUAAUUUGCCUGCAGGAAGACAACACUGUGCAACACAGGAUAUAAAAACAGAAGAGUUUAUUGCCGGUAGUUACCAAAUUGUGCCGAAAUGGCGCAUCGGCACGGAAGUGGACGAAUGCGACAGAGCGCAAAAAGCCUUUGCGUGUGAAACCGAUAUGGAGAUUUGCCCAUACGGUUGGAAUCAUUACGGCAAUCACUGUUACCAAAUCCACGGAUCUGAUAGCGAUAAGAAGACGUGGAACGACGCAUCGACGGAGUGUCAAAAUCAAGGCGGCCAUUUAGUUGUCGUACAAAACCCCUCCGUUCAGCAGUUCUUGGAAGCACGAAUAUCGGCUCUGGGACUGGAAUGGGAAACUGCACCGGGAGUUUGGAGCAAACAAUUCUGGAUUGGUCUCAGCAGUUUUGGAUCGGGAUCGUAUUCUUGGUUGACCACUCCCGACGAUUUAAGCAGUGGAGGAUAUUUCAACUGGGGAUUUGCACAACCUCUGCCAGCGGUGCAAGGGAAACAGUUCUGUGCUCGAAUGGGCGCGGUAGCUUCAGGUGCGACAAGUGUCAUACCCUUACCAUGGGAGACGACUCACUGUGGUAGUCCGUCCAACUUCAUUUGUCAAGCUGGUCCACAGGAUGCAGUGCAAGCUGAUGCUGUACAUGAGCCUUUAAAGUGUGAUCCUCCAUUUGUUCUGUAUCACGAUCGAUGCUACUGGUUUUCAUCUGAUCUCGUCACCUGGGAUGCAGCGCGUGCAGCAUGCUACCAAAUAAAUUCUCUCCUGGUUCAAAUUGACAGUAUGGCGGAGAACAACUACAUUAAAGAUCAGCUCUCUACGGAUACCUGGAUUGGAUUUCGCGUGAUUAGACCAAAUAUGAACUCUGAUUUAGACAGCUUCCUACAGUAUGCCGACGGAAGAAAUGUGAGCGAGGCGGACUACAAGAAUCUUGGACAAGUAACAAUAGACGAUAAUGCCUACUGCUUUAUAAUGGAUAUAUCGACGUACGAUUAUUAUCGAGGAAAAUGGUUUUCUCGUCCGUGCAGUGAUAAGAAACCAUUCAUAUGCACUCAUCGGGGAGAACCAGCUCCUCCAAAACCCGAACCAACCUUCUUUUACCCUGAGUGUGGAGAGAAUUGGGUUUUAAUCGGCAGUAACUGCUAUAAACUUAACUUGGAAACGCUGAAUUUUGGUUUGGCUUUACAAGUGUGCCACAGUGAAGGUCCAGAUAGUCAACUACUAUACCUCACUUCGCCGGAAGAAGAACGGGAUGUCGUUGAAAUGCUGAAUGGGCGGCGAAAUUUGACAUCAUCACUGAUGACAACCGAUGCUUCGUACUGGACUGCCUUGCAGAUUGAAAAGCCCGACCAGUGGUACUGGAAAGGUCGUAGUGGACAAAUUUGGGAACUACCGGUUGCUUACACCAAUUUCGCGUCAAACGCAAAAUUUGACUCUGCCUCAACGAGAAAUCCGGCCUGUGUCACCUUGAAAGCAAGCGGAGGGGGUUGGUUGCCAGAAUCUUGCAAUAAUCAACUACGAUUUUCCGUAUGCAAAAAACCAGCCAACAUUACGCAGACAAUUACUUCGACUACCACAGCACUGCCAUUUGAUUUUACGUACGGCUGUCCAAAAGGUUGGCAUCAUCAAGGUACGAGCUGUUUUCGACGCAAUGUGACGGCGGUGUCCUGGACGGUUGCAAGUGAGACUUGUCGGAAAGAGCAAGCCCAUCUCGCCGCCAUCGCAUCCCAAACACAGCUGCAGCAAAUGAAAGAAAUGCUGCGAGAUGCAUGGAUUGGUCUGAACAGCAGAGCGCAGCCAGUUGACCCUCGUAUCUACCGCAACGACGACGGUAGUCCGGUGCUGUACACUCCCUGGAAUGACCAGAUCGCCAGACCGGGUAAACCCAAUCCGACGGAUGUCGACUGCGUGGCUGUAACAGGAACAACGAUUGACUCCUACUCCUGCGGUACACAACGUCCAUUUGUCUGUAUGCUACCGGAAGUGAAAACGGAGCUCCUCCCACCGGAAUGUAUCACUCCACCCCACGAUACCGGUUGUCGCCGCUGGGGUUACGGGUACAAAGAAUCCUGUCUGUACAUGGGCAACGACGCCAGCAAUCCCAGCGGACAGCGGGAGCCGUUGACCUUUGAGGACGCGCGGGCUAUGUGCCGCAAACAUUUUGAUGCCGAUCUGGUGAUCAUUAACAAUGCAGAUAAGCAGGAAUUUAUUGCACACUUAAUUGGACAGUGGAGUUCGGAUUACUGGAUUGGACUGAAAGAAGAAGAGAUGCCGUGGGAUGCCUUCAAGAAAUGGGUGACCGGGGAGAAUGUGGCGUACACCAACUGGGCGCACAGUGAGCCGCAUGUCUCUCAAGGAAACCGAGGAUGUGUGGCGCUGGUGGCGGCCAGAGGGGAUCUGCACAAUCCCGGGGAGUGGUAUGUGAACCCCUGUUCGUCGUACAAGUUUGCACUUUGUGAAGGGAGACGCGAAGGCUGGACACCGCCCACUCCGGCUCCGACGGCAUUCGUCAGUGGAUGCCCAAAAGAUUGGAGGACACCCGAUACAGUAUCAAGGAGUUGCUACAAAUUGUUUGAUCCUUCGGCCGCGGCAACUGCUAGCGGUCCAGCUUUAAGGAAGCUCACAUGGCAGGAAGCGGAAGAUUUCUGCAUCGGUUAUCGAGGUCAUCUGGCAUCCAUUGACUCUCUCAACGAACAGAAUGUUAUCAGCUUUAUGCUGCCAUAUACCUCUUGGCAGGCGAACCAGCAAAGGGAAAACUUUUGGAUUGGGUUGAAAGAGAAAGAUCAGUCCUGGGCGUGGUCCGACGGAAGCGUCUACGGCACGAACACUUUCUUCAAUUCCAUGUUGGAUCACAGCACAACAGAUGUUGUCGAUUGUGUGGCAAUGGAAGCGUACACUGGAUCAUGGAUUAAGCAGAACUGCCAACUAUCAUGGGGAUGGGUUUGUGAAGUCCCGAAGGGAUUUUACACAGAAGGAGAAGAAUUACCAACCUUGCCGCCAACUAUCGAAACCAAUCAAACGUGUGGACCAUAUUCGGCCAGAGGAGAUUGGUUCUACCAUGCACAAUCUGAUACUUGCUUUUUUGUCUCCCGUUUCCAAGAAUCGUGGAUGAGCGCUCAGAGCUUCUGUAACGGCAUUGAAUCAAACCUCGCCAGCAUCGAUGCUGGACAACACGAUUUCCUGGCCAUGGUCAUAUCGAAGCAAACGACAACUAACACACAGUUUUGGAUUGGCUUACGUUUACGCGAUGUUGCCACCAAUCAGCACGCGUGGGUGGAUGGGUCCAAUUCGCAUUUCCGCGCCUGGGCCGCUGAUGAGCCACAUCCUUUCGGAGUGGAAGCCUGCGUCUCAAUGGACAAUCGCAUUGGAAAAUGGAGAGACGAAGUAUGCGGUGUGGCUUUCGAGUUUAUCUGCCGGAGGAGUCCGAACCCAAUAUCGAUAGCGACGGCGACACCCCCACCGUCAUCGGCUUGGAAUACCUGGGGCUGUCCUACACAAUGCCCAGGAUGUUUAUCAUUCAGGGAUAGUUGUUAUUUCUUCUCUUCACCACUUUCUCAAGCGGACUGGAAUAAUGCGCACGCUAGUUGCGGAUAUCUGUACAUGAACGAAGAGGACCAUACUAAAAGUUCGCAACUUUUAUCUAUUCAUGACGCUUUGGAGCAGUCAUUCGUAGUAGCUCAGAUGGGAAGAGACCGGGUGAAUAGAUGGAUGGGUCUUUUCGAGGACAGACAAAAGAAAGGAUGGUUUUACAGUGAUGACACACCGUUUGAUUAUACAAACUGGGAUUUCAGUGAGCCCGUACCGUAUCCACAGGAGUCUCUCUGCGUAUACAUUCUGGGAGAAGCGGGACGAGCCGGAACAUGGAAUGACCACUUUUGUCGCGACAGAUAUCCGUACAUCUGCAAAAUGAAAAAAGACGCUAAAUUCAGCCCACCAACUGCGCCACCAACUACAAAGUGUCCUACUGGAUUCAGCGGUGUAGGAGACGCUUGUUUCAAAGUUAUAGAAUUAUCUGGACUGCAUGAUUGGGACAGCGCAGUAGCCACGUGCCGUAGUCAAACCACUGGAUCGCGUAUUGCCAGUAUAACGAAUGUUUACGAGAACGCCCAGAUUCACGUACUGCUGGCGGAAAGGCUUGGGUUCAAAAACGAUUCCUAUGCUAAAGCAUGGAUUGGAUUGCAAGAACGACAGAGGAAGCUGUCGUGGCCGACGAGCGGAUGUCUGCCGACAUACAACAACAUUCGUGAAUUCUACUCCGUACCGACAGUCGAUAUGACAACCUGCGGAGUCUUUACAUACGAUGGAGUUUGGCAUACGGCUCCUUGUACCGCCGAUCUAAUUUAUUAUGCUGUUUGUGAAGUUCGUGAACCCGAAUGUCCAAAAGCUCCGGAGCCAGUCAACGGAACAUGUCCCGAUGGAGCCAGCAUUGACUGCGGUGGUCAGUUCUGUUACCGAGUGGAAGUUCCUACACCAACCAAAAAUGUCUCGUACACGUGGAACGAAGCCAAAGCAGCCUGCGUUGCUCUGAACGGAAGCCUGGCGUCAAUACGCAGCGAAGAAGAGAAUAUUUGUUUACAGCGAUGGGUGGAGCACUCGACCGGUGCAUGGAUAGGCCUGGUUGAGAAGCAGGUGGACAGCAGCUGGCCCGGCAGGUACGAAUGGUCGUGGAUGGAUCCGGCCGCGCAGUUUGGAAGCUUCAACAACUGGGGACCGGGUAAACCAAGCGGGAGUGGAUUUGCUCGCGAGCCAUGCGCGGAGAUGGGAAGCGAUGGAAAGUGGUACAAUUACGGUUGCGAUGGAAGGCAUCAGCAUCCCAGGGGAUACAUUUGUGAAACGGAGAAAACAAUAGAAAAAAACGAAACUUGCGGAGAAAGUUCACAUGGCGAUUGGUUUUAUCACCCCCAGUCUGAUUCGUGUUUCCUUGUUUCCCGUUUCGACGUAAACUGGGGCAAUGCGGAAACACUGUGCAAUAGUGCUCAAGCACAUUUAGCAACCGUCGAAGCAGACCAGCAGGACUUUCUUACGACCGUGCUAGGCAAGCAAGCAGGCAACGCUACUCAAUUUUGGAUUGGAUUGCGGCUGCGUGACGUCGCCACGAAUCAGCAUGCAUGGGUCGACGGGUCCACUUCGUACUUCCGCGCAUGGGCGCCCGGUGAGCCCCAUCCUUUUGGUGUGGAGGCUUGUGUGACUAUGGACAGUCGCACUGGCAAAUGGAAGGAUGAAGUGUGCGGAGUGGAUUUUCCGUAUGUUUGUAAAAAGCGCCGAACACCUAUUGUGCCGACUGUGACCCCGACACCACCGGCGAGUUAUGAAACCUGGGGCUGUCCAUGUCCGAACUGUGUACCAUUCAGAGAAAGCUGUUAUUAUUUUUCUGCGGCCCUUACUCAAGCAGGUUGGAACACAGCCCACACCAACUGCAAAUUCAUUUAUCCAAACGAUGAUUUCUCCAAGCAGUCGCAUCUGCUGUCCAUCCACGACAUACUGGAGGAGUCAUUUGUAGUGGCACAAAUGGGAAAAGAUAGAGUCGAUAGGUGGAUGGGAUUAUUCGAAGACUCACAAAAGCAGUCGUUUUUCUACACCGACGACACUCCUCUGGACUAUACUAACUGGGAUUUUAAUGAACCUAUUCCCUAUCCACAGGAACCACUUUGCGUAUACAUCCUUGGCGAAGCUGGAAGAGCGGGACGAUGGAAUGAUCAUUUUUGUCGUACAAGGCUCCCGUACAUCUGCAAAGUAAAAAAAGAUCCUCAGUUUCCUGCGGUUGCGCCAACCCAGAACUGCCCCGCUGGAUUUACCGAUUUCCCCAGCGGUUGCCUCAAAGUGAUCGAACUGCCGGCUGGCAGGCGUACCUGGGAUGAUGGAGUAGCCCUGUGUGGAGAUGGAAAUUCUGGAUCCCGUAUUGCUUCGGUUACUAAUGUUUACGAGAACGCACAAAUCCACGUUCUUUUGGCUGAAAAGGUCAAGUUUGCUAACACUUCCUCCGCGGAGGCGUGGAUAGGAUCGAAAGUGACAUCACGAAGUCUCGGGUGGACGGUCAGCGAAUGUCUGCCUACAUACAACAACAUCCCCGGGUUUUAUUCCCUACCCGAUACCGGUGUGCCAUCGUGCGUUUUCAUGACGUAUGAUGGAGUGUGGCAAACGGGUCAUUGCUCGGCGGCAGCGAAAAAUUACGCGGUCUGCGAAAUCAGAAAUCCGGAAUGUUCGAAGCAUCCGGAACCAGUAAACGGUGUUUGUCCGGAGGGAUUUUCAGUUGACUGCCGUGGUACCUUCUGCUACAAAGUGGAAUUGCCUACCGAAUCGAAAAAUUAUACAUGGUCCGAAGCAAGAGAUGCAUGUACGGCUAUAAAUGGUAGUUUGGCAUCGAUAAGGAGCAUGGAGGAUAAUGCCUGUCUGCAGCAGUAUGUGGAGCAUUCAACGGGAGCUUGGAUCGGUUUGGUGGAAGAACAAAUGGACAUGUGGGGAUCCCGGUAUGAAUGGAAGUGGAUGGAUUCGGAUGUGCCGUUUGGUAGCGUGGCUAACUGGGCAGAAGGCAAACCUGGUGCCAGUUGGCCUCGUGAGACCUGCGCGGAAAUGCGUAACGACGGGAAAUGGGUGAACAUGGCUUGUGAGGUAAAUGCCCAACAUCCCAGAGGCUACAUCUGCGAAACGAGGAAAAUCCCCACAACGGGCACAAGUGACCCUACAACGACCGUCGCAUCGACAACAUCACGCUCUUCGGCACAAACUCUGCCUCCAGGCCCCACUGGUUCGUCCACGGUGACGUCGAUGCGAUCUUCCACAAUGACCACCGGACGAACACCACCAAUAACAUUGCCGGGUAGCACACCAUCAAAAGACCCGAUUGGCGGAGUGGAAACCACUCCGGCCACGCCGUCCCAGGGCAUAUCUGCGGGUGGUCUGGUGGGAAUUGGUGUCGCUAUCGCCUUAAUUGUACCCCUUAUAACCGUACUUGGUUAUCUUGCAUGGAGGAGGAAAACAACCGGACAACCAAUGUUUGGCGGCGCAAAAAGACUCGCCGAUUCGGAACACCAGUCGGUGAUUCAGCACGAAGAACAUGAAAGCUAUACGUGACCUUUGACGCGUGCCAUUUAAGAUUGUAAACUACCGUGGAUUUCUUAAUUUGGAUGUUGUGCAUAUUCUUGAUUUAUUGAAUUGCUACAUUUUUACCAUGUUCUGUAAACAAAAGCUUGAUUCAGAAAGCUUGAUAAAAGAACCCCUGUUGUGUAGAGCAAU